CAAUAAGAAAAGGGCCGUCGUCUAUCGGGCGGCCGUAACGCAAAGGCAAAACCGCGAUACUACGCUGCGAAGAGCGUGUGUGCAACGGGGCAGACGAUAGAAAAGAACAGAAAUUGGGUCAAACACAAUGCAAAUGGACACUAGGUAAAAGCUAAAGCACUGCCAGAGACUGCAACAUUUGGACGACUCGACGACAGCGCAGUGACUGCAGUUGGUUACCAUGGAGUUGCGCGAAAUGCGCGCCGCUGCCAACGCUAACAGCGGUGAACUGGGCGGCAUUUGCAUUGGCAGCUCAGCCGAAAGUGGCGUCCAGCGUAUGCCAACCAAAGCGGAUCUGUUCAUGGAACAGCUGAAUGCGACAAAUGCGAAGAAGGUGGCGCUGCUGCUGGUGCUUGGCUUUGUGCUCUACCAUGGCCUGCUCAACUGGAACUAUGGCAGCGACUCCUGCCAGUGGCUGUUGUCCAAGGGUCGCUUCAAGGGCGACAACGAAUGGCAGCCAUACGGCUGCAUGAUGCACAAAUACACAUACACCGACACGCGACGUUGUCUACGCUAUUUGGCAUUUUUUGGUAACAAGAACAAUUUCGUCUUCAUCGGAGAUCAAAGCGUGCGACUGCUGUAUCAGAGAUUCGUGGAGCAGCUGCAGCUGCCCCGAUCGAAUGAAUACGACAACAAUGGCUCCACCUCGUCAAAUGGAACACGCUUCGAGGAUAAGAAGCUGCACAUGCUGGCACAAUAUAUACACGCCGAGGAGGUGAGUCCGGCACUGAUCGAUCGUCUCUAUCAGCUGGAAAUGGAUAAGCGACUAUCCUCGGUCUAUGUGCUGGGCUUGACCUAUAGCCAGCUGCUGGCUGGGAAUGUCACGGAGGAGCUAUUGCACCAAUAUAGCAUUAAUCUAACGCUGCUCGUGGCCCCGAUUCACCGUCUGGUGGCACAAACAUCGCGGGUGCUGUGGAAGCUGGCAGAGCGCGUGGACGAGGAGAAGUUGCCAGUGACGUGGAAGUUGGUGCUCAACGAGGACAUCGAUCGUCUGAACAAUGUGGCGCGAAAUGUCUUUCGAUAUACGGACGCAAGUGUAUGGGAGUCGGCGUGGCAUAUAGCCAAUGGCCUGCUGGACAAUGCCAUCGAGGGACAUCGGCUGAGUGCGCACGGCCAGCGGCUGGAGGUGCAACUGUUGUGGAACAUGUACUGCAAUGACCAGAUGAACUACAAUGAUGGCACCUGCUGCAGCAGCGCCGAGCCACAUACGAGUCUGCAGAUAGUCUCGUAUGCUCUAUUCGGUGUUUGCAUUGUGCUCGUCUGUGGCAUGUGCCUGCGCCGUUGGCUGCUUCAUUUGCGUGGGCAAACGCUCUAUGUGCCGCUGCAGCAGCACCAGCAGCAGCAGCAGGAGAGUCAUCCGAGGGGUCAGUCGUGUCACCAGAGAGAUCCCUCGCACUCCUUAACCUUGCUCAUCAGCGACUAUGGCACACCGUUGGUAGCGCUAUCUCUGUUGGGCUUGAUUCUCGCCUACUUCUAUCUAUGCGAUCGAACGAAUUUCUUUAUGAAAGAGAACAAAUACUAUUCGGAAUUCAGUUUCUGGAUACCAGUGGCCUAUGUCUUCGCCUUGGGCCUCUUCUUCACCGAGGAAUCGGGCUUCACGAAAGUCUUGAAUCGUCAUCAAACGGAUGAGCUGCGCGGCUGGAUAUUGUUGGUGGUGCUCAUCUAUUACAUGACGGGAGCUCAACGGAUUCUACCAAUUCAUAUGCACAUCAAGCUUCUAAUAUCUGGUUACUUCUUUCUAACGGGUUAUACGCACUUCACGGACAUCUGGCAAACGGGCGGCAGUGCCUCGAUGUUUGUGCGCUUUUUCCAGGCGAUGUUUCGCCUCAAUUUCUUAUGUGUUUUGCUGUGCUUCUGCAUGAAUCGUCCAUAUCAGUUCUAUUACUUCGUGCCGUUGCUUUCAUUUUGGCUAUGCGUUAUCUAUUUCGUACUAUCGUUGCCGCCUCGGAUCACCUGCGCCUCGGUCGAUGCAUAUCCCCUGCAUUACCUCUAUCUGGUGUGCAAGUGUAUUGGAUGCCUGGGCGUUAUAACGGUCCUCUUCAUGUCGGAAGUUUUCUUCGAACGGAUCUUUGUGACGCGCCCGUGGAAGGCGCUGUUCGUGACAACCGACGAUGACAUUCACGAAUGGUGGUAUCAGUGGAAACUGGAUCGAUACACUGUCACCUUCGGUAUGAUCUAUGCCGCCUGCUUUCAUAUUGCCCAGAAGUACAGCAUCUUCGAUGAUAACAAUCACGGCAAUCUGUUUGCCCGUCGCACCUCGAUAUCGGUGACACUGCUCGCACUGCUGGGCGUUGGCAUCUACACGUCCUUUUCGUUUCUGUGCCGCAACGUUCAGAACUGUGAGGAGAUACAUUCGUAUAUUUUGUUCAUACCUAUUAUCGGCUAUGUGGUGCUCCGUAAUAUUUCGGGCAUCCUACGGACGCGCUAUUCGACAUUCUUCGCCUGGUUCGGCCGCAUUUCUCUGGAGCUGUUCGUAUGUCAAUAUCACAUUUGGCUCGCAGCCGAUAGACAUGGUGUCCUGGUGCUAUUGCCCGGCUUCCCCACACUCAACAUGAUCAUCACGUCGUUCAUAUUCGUCUGUGCCUCGCACGAAGUGCAGCGCCUUACGCAGAUCCUCCUGCCAUAUGCCGUGCCCAACGACUGGCGUUUGGUUAUGCGCAACUUGGUCAUCUUUCUGAUUGUUCUCGUUCCGGUUGCCAGAUCGGACGGCAUGUUUUAAGUCACUGCCCCACAUACCUUGUUCGUGGUGUCAAGCUCGGGGCAUAUGUGAAGGCCAAACCCUCCAUGUAUUCCCUUAUUCAUAUUAAUCACAAGUGAAUACCUUGUAUUUGGGCGUGUUUGUUUGUAUAUCCCUUCACAAUGAUGUGAGAAGCUAGCUUUAAGUACAUUAAUAUAGAUAACACUCUUGCACUUAUGUAUACCCCUUCUUAAGUCUUAGCCAGCUAGUGAUCUGACGAUCCGCAAUUAAAUAUUAGUGUACCAGCUGGGUAUAUUAGUUUUCUUUGUGCAAAUUUGAUGCAGACUUGGAAAUGUCUCAGAAGCUUAUUCACUUAUCGGUCAAGAACGUAUAUUAUCUGUAAAACAGAGUAUCGUGCAGUCGUUUUGCAUCAAACACUUUUAAAAUCUAUCCCAUUGUAAACUUUCUAUUAUUUAAAUGUAGAACAGAGUAUCGUGCCGUCGAUCAUAUAUAUUUAGAAAGCUACAUAACAAUAAGAUCUGAAUGUAUAUUUAAACAAAAAUAAUUCAUAUUUGCAAUGUCGAUAAUGUUAUUAAUGUAAAACUUAACUUAAAAUAUUUUAACAAACAAAAAAAAGAGUAUUUUGCAGUCGACGAAAUGUAAUUACAUCAUUUCGCGAUAAUAAUCUUUCCAAGUUUUUUUUCUUGUU